AUGGCGGAAAACUCCGCGCAAGCCAUUCCGCCAGCGCUUGUAGAGGAAGCUACAGUGGUGCGCUCUGUCUUCGCCGCGUGGGGGAGCGCGCCCGCGCAAGGUGCGGUGCCGCCUGUUGCGCCUGAAGUGCCUGAACCUGCUGUAGCGCGGACGCCGCCGCUGCGCACGCCCACGCCGGACGUCACCUACUCGCUGCCGCACGCCGUCGUCGCGACUCGCGCGCUCGCCGCGACGGUACGGCUGCGAUGCAGGCGGCGAAUCGCGUAUCUGGAGAAAGGGAUGGGCGCAGCGCAGGCGUCGCGGACGCUGCUGGUGCUGCACGGCCUGGGAUCGUCGCGACUCGCCAACAUGCCAGGAGUGCCGGACGAGCUGCUCUGCUCUUUCGGGGUGCGCCUGGUGGCCAUCGAUCGCCCAGGGUAUGGCCAGUCCGACCCUGCGCCUGACCUCUCGCUGCACUCCUUCUGUGAAGACCUCGAGGAGCUAGCAGAUCUGCUCGCGCUGGGGCGCAAGUUCUACCUUCUGGGGUACUCAGCAGGAGGCGCGUACUGCUGGGCAGCAGCGCACUACAUUCCCCACCGCAUCCUCGGGAUUGCCAUGUGGGCGCCUUUCAGCUCGUUCUACUGGCAGGGAAUAUCGGAGCAGGACAGGGAAGCCAUGUUCGCCUGCAUGACACCUCACUCCCGCCGCUCCCUCCGGCUUGGCCGCUACGCCCCUCUCUGGCUCAUCCGCCUUUUCAUUCGCAACUUUGUCGUUCCUUUUUCCGGUCCCUUACGGCUGCAGCGUCUGCAGCACAGCCUUUCACACGCCGACCGCCAGUACCUGCUGCACCCACACGGGGCACAGGCGCUGCUUAACGACAAUACUGAGUCGCUCCUUAUGGGAUCGCACGGCGAGGGCAUGGCCAAGGACGUUGAGCUUUUCAGCCGCCCCUGGCCCUUCCACAUCCUCGAUAUUGGGUGCUUCAGUAAUGCUCAAAGCGUCCGUGAUCUUACAACUUCCAGUGAUACCCGAAACCUUGGGGAUACCGCCACUAUCCAAGACUCCACGUGUGAACCAUCCAAGAUAACAUCUUCUUCCUCCAGCACACAUCCUCCUGCCAAAAACCUCCCCCCUCCGUUCCUGGUGCACAUAUGGCAUGGCACAGAGGAUGUCCUGGUGCCUCUCUCCCUGCAGCGCUGGCUGCAGCAGCAGCUGCCGCAUCUGGUGAGGCUGUAUGAACUGCCAGGGGAAGGUCAUCUGUCCUGGUUCUGCCACCAGCCUCAGAACCACCACCAAGUGCUCUCCACACUCUUCUCGUGA